UCUCUACCGUAGCCCUAAGUUUUUCGUUUUCCCGGACCCCUUGCCUUCUCCUUUCGGUAAACGCUCACUUUCUCCCGCACUCUCAUUGUACGAGCAAAACACACUCUGAGCAACAAGCGUCUCCUUUACUCUUUGGUUCCGGUUCUCACCCCUUCUGACCAGCGGGAACUCUGCAGAUCCAUAGCUGGAGCCCUUUGAUUUUAGGGUAUUGAGUGAAGGAACAUCAUGAAGUUUCUGGGUUGGUACUUGAAGAUUGCUGCAGUUUCAACUCUGAUUGGAGCUUCAAUGGAGUUGUUCAUGAUCAAGACUGGCUUCUAUGAUAAAGUGACUGUUUUGGAGUCGGAGAAGCUAGCUUGGGAGGGUUCCACAGAAGCUCAGGCUGUUAAAGAAGCUCUCAAUCCUUGGAGACAUCAGGAUGCCAUAGAGAGAAAAGAUUCCUAGCUUUCUCAGUUUUUGAGGGAGACGAUGGAUAAUGGCGGAAGAAGGUCAACAUGAGCUAUAAUGCUUGGAGAUGCAUUAUCAUCCUUUACAGCUAUGCUGCAUGUUGUUUAGUGGAAUAACUGAACUGGCACAUUAUAUUAAUUUUGAAUUUUUUUAAUCCAAUAAAGUAUUCCACAUGUGGCAGAGUUUUUGGAAAAUAGAUGUGACGCUUGUUGCUUGGUGGUUUUUUUUUUUUUUUUCCUCUCAAGAAAUUCGAAAUUUACAUUUUUGUGCUCUCGAAGAAAAGCCCUGGCACGUUCUUUGUAUUGCUUAUGUUGGUCCUUUUUGUAAUAUUCAUGGCUUUUAAUUGGCUGGAAUUUUCAGGCCUAA